AUGCAAUUCUCAACCGUCUUCCUUUCUCUGCUCGCGGCUACAGCCGUGGUCGCAAAAGGCAACUCCACUAAACCUGUCACCGACAAGAGUCUUUGCAAAGAGAUGAACCAUCUCGAGAAACUCGUUCAUGAAGCUCAGAAUACCACAAAGCUAGCCACCAAAACCGACAACAACCAAACGAAAAUCGACAGUGUCGUUGCUAAAGCCAGCUCUGCAGCUGUUCAACUCGAUGCCAUGCAAGCAAAUACCACUCUUGUAUCCACCUGCGCCGUUAUGGACGCCGCACAUCAAACUAAAAAACAGUGCCAUGAAAUGGAACAUCUCCAAAAAACCAUCAACACCGCCGCCAACAGCACCAAGCUCGCAGACAAAACCCACGGCAACGCAACCAAAGAAGCUAAAUAUCAGGAAAAAGCUACGGAGGCACAGAUGAAACUUACGACUAUGAUGAGUAACACUACUUUGGUGGAUGCGUGUAGUGCAAUGAUGACGGAGAAGAAGGAGGCUAAGGAGGCUAAGGAGGAUGGGACUAUGACUUCGACUUCGGCGGCGGCGGCGAGUUCGGGCUCGGGUAAGGCGACGAGUGGGGCGAUUGGGAUGGGGGCUAGGGUGAGGAGUGUAGGGAGUGUGGUUUGGGCGGGUUUGGUGGUCGGGGGUGCGAUGUGGUGUUUGUAG